ACACACAGAUAUGCUGCCUGGACACACACACACAGAUAUGCUGCCUGGACACAUGCACACACAUGCACAGAUAUGCUGCCUUGACACACACACACACACAUGCGCAGAUAGGCCGCCUGGACACACAGGCAGUUAUGCUGUCUGGACACACACGUGUGCAGUUACGCUGCCUCGACACACAUGCACACACACGUGCAGAUUUGCUGCCUGGACACGAGCAGAUAUGCUGUCCAGACACACGCACACACACGUGCAGACUUGCUGCCUAGACACGAGCAGAUAUGCUGUCCGGACACACGCACACGUGUGCAGAUACGCUGCCUGGACACGAGCAGAUAUGCUGUCCGGACACACGCACACAUGUGCAGAUACGCUGCCUGGACACAUGCGGACUGAGGUGCUAUUCAGAGGGUGUGCUGCGAGGCCCGCAGUGCGUGUGUGGUGAGGCUCAUAGUUGAUGAAGGACUCUCCCUGCUCCACUGUCACUCCCCCACCCCUGCCCGCCUCUGCCCUCGCCUGGCCUUCGCGGCUGUUUUUGCCACCUGCCUUGGGUGUCCAGGAGUCCCCUACUGCUGUAGGCUGGGGCUGGGGGCACAGCAGCCCCAAGCCUGAGAGGCUGGAGCCCAUGGCACUCCCACCGAAUUCUCCCCCUGCCAGCAAGAAGGAGCCUUGGUAUUUAUAUUUAAGAAAUGAAGAUGGGCUGGGCGCGAUGAUAUUAAUAAUGAUGGAUGGAGGGAGGGCUGGGUUGCAGGGACUGUGGUCUCUUCUGGGGCCCGGGACCCGCCUGGUCUUUCAGCCACGCUGAUGCCUGCACCCCGUCCAGGCCAGGCACCACCCCCCACCCCACUGUCGUGGUGGCCCCAGAUCUCUGUAAUUUUAUGUAGAGUUUGAGCUGAAGCCCCGUAUAUUUAAUUUAUUUUGUUAAACAUGAAAGUGCAUCCUUUCUCUCCA